AUGGGUUGUAUGAAUUUCGAGCACGACUUUCAAAAAAAGUGGCAACGUAUCAAUGAAUCAAGAUAUACGAGAAUGUUUGUUUUAAUAACGAUCAUACAAGCUAUUUUAUUGGUUGUCCUGCAAAUCCGAAUGAUGUUUCGCAAUAGUAUAUUAUAUCUUGAUACAAUAGUUCCAUUCGUACCUGAUAUCAAUGAUGAGCAAUGUAACUUGGAUGAUAUAACCGUUAGAUUCGUUAUUUUUCAUCAAAAUACCAUGCAAAUUUUCGCAGGUUUUAUAAUUAAUAUCGGAUAUGUGAUCCUCGGAAUUAUUCAAAUGGUUGAAGUAAAACUGACCGGAAAUAUAAUAGAAUCAAUGUGUAUUGGACUUAAAAUUGAGCAUAGAUUUUUAAUAUACGAAUUCCCCCAUGUUGCUACUUUAACGAUCUUGGCAAUUUUGUUGGGUUUAUUAUCUUAUAAAUUAUAUCAACAAUUUGGUUGGAAUAUUUACAAGAAAAUCGGAGGGGACAUUGAUAUGCAAAAACGAUUCAAAACAUAUCUUAUUUUCGUAAUGUUGUUGAAAAUUGAUUUAUUCUUCGUAAUCAUUUUUAAUGCCUUGAUAUCACCAUUUAUGUUAUAUGAAACCGUAGUUGAUGAAGGGAUGAAAGCUGGUGUAAAAGCCUUCUUAUAUGGAUAUGUAGUGAUUUUACUUUUAUCACUCGUAUUUCAAGUAUUAGUAUACAAAUCAUUGGAAAAAGAAUGGAGAACUGGAAUGAACAUUUUUAUUAUCUUUUGGUUUCUUGCUAUAUUGGACUUUAGCUAUUUGGUUUAUUUCCUUGGAGAUUUUUUAAUUCCAAAUCAAUUAUUUUCUUUAGUAAUAUUAGCAUCUAUACUCUUGAUUUGCGCAUUGUUAACGUUCGUAUAUGCGAUACUCGUGACAAGAAACUUUGAUAAAGGAUUAAGUGAAUAUCUCGAUAAGGAUUCCCCUAAAAAACCCUUACACGAAGGUUCAAAUAUUUUAUCAGAUGUUGAAAAAGGAUCUAGUAGUAAUGAUGAUAAUGUGAAUAAAUUUACUAUAGAUGAUGAUUGA